AUGAGAGUCUUGCUUGGUGCCAGUGAUAAUCACCUGACAUUGAUAUCAGCGACCAUGGAAAUGAUUUAUGUUUUUACCCUCGAGAGUAUCCUCACUGAUCCUAAAUGGAUCCUCGCGAAACGGAUCAUGAACGAGGCAGUGCAGAAAAAUAUUACGUUGUCUUGGGACGUGGAGGCAUACGACGGCAAAUGUAUAGUGGUAAGGACAAUGACUAAUCUUACAGAUUACCAAAUGGUUAAUGGCUAUGACUUGAGAGUGAACAAGUGGGACAUCGUGGGUUCGUUGCCAAGCUGGUGCGAUGGACUUCGAGACUUUUAUCAGUAUAAGCCAUCAUGGUCUUCUGUUAUUGGACUAACUGAUCAGGAGGAUGAGCUUUAUCAUAAUCUCUUCAUAGUUAAAUAUGCCCGCGUCUUGGCCGUGGAGGGUAUUAUAAGAUUCAUUAAUCAUAAUAUAUGCAUCUAA